AUGGCCUCUAGCGUAGGAGCACCCAUGGUGGUCGUGGAGCUCGACGAAUUCGAGGAGCGCUUCCUCCCGGCCCCUCCGACGCUUCACCCAAGAACUCAGAGCCUGGCGACUGGCAUCGUCUCGCACCUUCAAACAUCACUCUCAGCAACUAGUGAGUCUCGUCUUAAACGCAAAGAGAAUAUUGGAACCAUUCUGCUUUCAGCCAUCAGCAACUACAACCUCGCCGAAGGUCACCGUAGCCGAGGAUACCACUAUGCGAGCGAAACGGGUAGCUCUGACGACGACGCUGCCAUUGGGAUGCUCUAUCCCAAGGAAUACGCCCCCAGCGCCCGAACAGAGCGAGAAGACUGGAGCCGCGUGCAGAUGAUCAUCCAGUUCGAGAGCGGUGGCGCACGCUACGACCCAUACGACGAAAACGGCGCGCGUCCGAACGAUCCCUUGCAUAUUGCUCGUGCAGCCGCGCGGGAUCACCUUCUCUCGUGCGCAACAUCAACUUUCGAGUACCAGCACCGUGUGUUCCUAUUUGGCCUUUAUAUCAACGACCGCCACCUCCGAGCUAUGCGUCUGGACCAUUCGGGCAUCAUGACGACCAAGCCCGUCGACUACAUCAAGGACCCCUCCGUCCUGCCACGCUUGCUGUGGCGCUUCGCACACCUUACGGACGCGCAGAAAGGCGCGGAUACGACCGCGACGAGGCUCGAUGAAAGAUCGGACGACUAUAAGCUCAUGACCGAGCUCGGGAAGGCCAACGCGGAACUCGACAUCGACUACGAAGAAGGGGCCAGCCUCCCGCCCUUCCCCGAUGCAUCACGGACCUCAAGGGCCGCGCCAGGAAAGACUACGCCACAACCAGCACCUUCGAUUUCUUCCCAAUCUCAAGCCACUGCGGAGGCGCGAGUAUUCAAGCACGUGCGGAAGAUGUUCAGCAACUCUCUCUGUCGCAGCUGGCCCCGGUAUCGCCUCAAGGUCGGCGACGAGAGACGGGAGUUCCUAGUGGCGAUGCCUGCCAUGAUCUCGAGCAGCGCGUUGUUCGGACGUGGCUGCAGGGCGUACGUUGCGGUCGACUGCUUGACGCGGCAGUUUGUGUGGCUCAAGGACUCGUGGCGGCCGCGGAGCGAGUGCAGCAGGCCGGAGGGCACUGUGCUCGCGGCGUUUGCGGGCGACUCCAAACUGCACGUUCCGACACUUGUGUGUCACGGUUAUGUCCGUCAACAGAGUACUCCGGAGAGUGCACGGCCCGUGUCGUGCAUGGUGCAGGAGCCGAUGACUCCUAUGAGGAUGAAGACGCGCUCGGCCGGACAAGAAGACGCACGGGUCAUCGGCAUGAAGCGUUCUCGUGAGGAUGAUUGUGAGGAGGAGGAGCUCCAACCUAGCCCGAAGAAAAUAUCGCGCCGGACGCUGCAGUCGCUGCCUGCGUAUGGGCAUUAUCGCGUCGCGGUCAAGGAGAUCGGUCUCGACCUCGAGAACUUUGCCUCUGGCUGGCAAUUGGUCAGGUUGAUAUUCGAGUGUGUCAGAACACACGCUAGGGCGUACAAGGAAUACGGUCUCUUGCAUGGCGACAUCAGCCCGGGAAAUAUCUUGAUUAAUCCGGUCGCUACCUGGAAGGACGGCAAGGAGGUCAUUGUUUGGCACGGGAUGCUCAUCGACUGGGAGCUGGCACAAUGCGUGCGCGAUAACAAACUGACGAAGGUUGGGGGUGAUGAUGUUCCUAUCUUGAGCUGGGAGUAUGCAGCUAUGAACCGCGUCAGCAAUCCCCGCAGCAUGACCACCGUAGAAGACGAGCUCGAGGCGUUCUUUUACGUCCUGCUCUGGUACGCCAUCCGGUACAUGCGGCAUACCCUCCCCAGCCGGUCCGUGACGCCCUUUAUCACGGAGUUCUACGAUACCUUCAAGCGGUACCCAAAUGGCGGAUUCACUUGCAACGACCUACGGGCUAAGACGAUCGCCGACGCGCGGUUACACUAUGGUGACACCACCGAAAUCUUGUUCUGCGACGACGGGAAUGCGCCUGCGCACCCCCUCAACGGCCUGUUAUUCGAGUUCCUCAGGCGAUUCCAGGCGCGGUACGCCGUCAUGCAAUGGAACAAAGAUCCAAACGGGGUUCCCGGCACGACGCAGCACCCGCAGAAGCUCUUCGACACCCCCACCGCAGGCCGACCGGUGCUACGGGAGACGCACAACCUCGCGUCGCGCAGGUUACAACCCACACUAACGGCCCGGAAUGCGCGCGAGCCGUCGGCGAAGACGCAAGACUUAGCACGCAGCCUGCAGUCGCACAAGGGCGUGGUCGCGCUGCUCGCGGAGUGGGUGCUGAAGAACCCCGGGUGGCCGCUGCACGACAAGGUGCGCGACCGGCUUUCGAAGAGCUAUGUGUAUACGCGGCGGUUCGUCGACGUGCCUGCGGUGGCCCUGGCGCCGUCUGUGGAGGAGUUGCACAGGAAACGGGCGAAGCGGGUGGAGAACGGCGAGGAGGCAUCUCGUUGA